GGGACAUGCCUUUGGCAGCGCCUGGCGCCUCUGGUUCGGACCGGCGUUCUUCGAGGAGCCCUCCCAGCUCGACGACUUCGAGUACGUCCGGGGGCGCACCAAGAAGUGGUACCGGGGAGGGCCGGAGAUGGACGCCGCCGCCGGUCGCUUCCUGCCGCUGCUGCGCGCCGAGCGGGCGGCCGUGGAGGCGGCGCCGAGGCCGCUGGUCGCGCAGGGGGAGCUCGGCGAGAGGGCGGCGCUGGCCCGGGUGGUGCUGUUUGACCAGGCCACUGCGAUCGUCUGGGGCAUUUGGCUCCGGGCGCUCCCAGCAUCCCGCAACGCGGCGCGGGGCACUGCAGAGGCCUUCGCGCAGGACGCACUGGCGAGCGAGCUCGCCGAGGCGCUCGUGGAGGGCGGCUAUGCUGGCCGGUGUGCCGCGGCCGCGCUGCUCGCGCUGGCACAGGCGCUGGUGCACGCAGAGGUCCCUGGCGACGGCUCGCGCGCCAGCACGGCGGUGGCGCUGCUGCAGGCUGCCAUGCCGCGGUUUCCUCAGCGGACUUCCCAGCUGUUGUUCCAGGCGGUGCUGAGCCAUGAGAAGCAUCUCGGCGUGCUGCGCCAGUUCGGCCGCUACCCGCACCGCAACGCGGCGUUGGGGCGCGAGAGCACGCCGAAGGAGCUGGAGUGGCUUGCCAGCCCGGACCUGCCAGGCUGGGCGCGGAGCCAGACUGCCAGGGCGCCCCGCGGCUGA